AACACUAGCAUGCUGGAAACAACAAGCUAGCAUCCUUGUGAUUCACGUGUUUUAUUUUUAUUUUACGAGCACGAUAGUUAUGGCGCGGGUUUGACGCUAUAGGGGAGAUCAGCAGUUAUAGAAAUACUCAAACCAGCCCAUCUGACACCAACAAUCAUGUCCUGGUUAAAGUCAGAGAGUUUUUCUUCAGUCUGAUGUGAACAUUAACUGAAGCUUUUGGUCUGUAUCUGCAGGAUUGUAUACACUGUGCUGCGGCAGUGAACCGUAACCAUCAUUCCAGAGACUCAUUUUAAUAGUAUUUUAUUAUUGAUAGUCAGUAGUUUAUGUACUGAUGGCCAGUGUUCUUUUAGGAAAAAUCUGAGAGAAAUGGCAAUUAAAAAACAUCCAACUAACACACUUUCAUACAUUCUGGUGUCUUUACACAACAGCGCUGAAAUAAUAUUUACGUGCUAAUUCAUUUUCCUCAAAUUUUACCCUUCCUUAAAAAACAAAACAAAACAGGAUCCUUGCUACGGACUUCCUUCAAACCAGCAACAUUAAUUAGCAAACCCUGACUAGUCUUACCCCUUGACGCCAUGAUUGAUUUUUACUGUAAAAGUCUAUGAAAGUGAGGUUUUGUGAAGUGAUUUUAAUCGAAAGUGAACAUAGUGCGGUGCUAACAGGGUUCCUGCAGCUUCACCUCAGAGCAUCAUGACGAUAAACCGUCUCUCUCUCUCUCUCUCCAGCAGCACUGAGCUACAGAGAACAACCUGGAGCUGUUAGGUGAUUGGCUGACUGGCCGUGACGCGAUUGGCUCCCGCGACAAAUGAUUGACACUGUGCCCGCCUCCGACGUGCCCAGGCAGGUUUGGGAGAGUAGACCUGUAAGCGUAGGGUACAGUGACGUCACGGGGGAAGUGACGUCUAAUUCCAUUUCUAAUUCUAAUUCUGACGUCUACUUCUACCAGAUCAGUUACUGCAUUUUACAGAUCACUUGAAAGAUAAAGCAAUCUGAAAAGAAAUGGAGAAUUUCUACACACGUGAUUUAAAGAUGAUUGAGAAGCAGAGAAGGAGCCAGGGUGGAAAAUUUGGAGUGUCCACUCGGAGCACCGCAUCUGACCAGAGACCGAAGUGUUUCAGGGAUAUUAUGGACCUCGUUCUUCAUCUGAGCGAUGAGGAAUGGAAGGCUGUGAGCAGGGGCAUGAAGAAGGAGGUCACGAGGGUGGAGUUUGUGGCUGUGUGCACUAAAAUCGUGGCAGAGGUGUCGUCUGCUAUCGUUCGCCGUUUACUGAAGCCUCUCAGCAGAAGCUUUGGGAUCAAAGUGAUUCACGAGGCAAAUGAGAAACUGAAGAAAAUGGAGUCAGAAUCGGGCAAGUGCUCUGCCUCAGACGCCUCAGCUCAAAGAUCCCCUAUGGAGGUGUCUGAUUUCAUCUGUCAUCUCGCUCAAAAAGUUGUCACAGAGAUUAAAGGUGCGAUGUUGGUGGCAAUUCGGAGUAUGGCAUCGGAAGCAAGUGCUUCCUCACCUGCUGAAGAUCCGAUCACAAAGCUCGAUGAUCUCAGCAGGGCAUGCACCAAUGAGAUCUGUGAUAAGAUCUUGGACCUGUAUCACUCUGAAGAGUUCAAUAGACUUUCAGAAGAAGGGGGUUUAGUAAUGUCCCUAACAUCCCUCCUGAAGGUCCAUAAUAUAAUGAUGGGCUUGGAAGAAGUUGUCUCUGUCAGCAGGUCCUCUUCGUGGAUUACUGAAUCUACAACCCCUGACUUGGUCUCCACAAAGACUGAGGUGAUAAGUCCUGAUAGUGUUUCAUCACCUCCUCAAGCUGAGAGCCCUUUCAGUGAUCAGUUUUUGAGCACAGCUACACAACUGAUCACUGAAGUGCUUUUGAAGACGGCGCAAACCUCAGUGUCGUCCCAAACCUCCGUCCCCGCCUCCAGGGAGACAGAACUGAAGGAGCUGGCCAAAAGCACAGCCACGGAAAUUCUGCACAGAUUAUAUUAUUUGCUUCACCAUUGUAGCGAUGCUGACCAGUCUAUACCAGAGCACGAGAAGUUCCUCUCAUUUGCUCAAAAGAUCCACACAGACAUCCACAAGCAGGUGUUAACAUUCGUAUGUGAACAGCAGCAAGCCGCUUCAGAUAAAAGCAAGACGCUCUUGGACGCCUGUACUGAAACUGAUGCUGAGCUCGACAUCAGCUCAGACGGCGUCCAGAAAUCUGUCUCUGCUGUAGAGGUCCUAGAUAAAGCUACCCAGGUUACAAGCGAGAUCCUGGUAAGUAGGUUAAGUUCACAUAUUUCCACAGGAUUAAUCAGCAUGACAGGCUCGGGUUUCAGCACAGCAGUAUAUCCGGAUCAAGCCGCUUCUGGUAGCGUAGAAAAGGUGAUCAGUGACGUACCUUUGGAGACUGGAAUAUCUGAUGUGGAAAACAGAUCAGAGCUCCUCAGAGAGAGCUCCUCAGAAUUUUCCUCAAGUCCUUCUGGACCCUCAGAAAGUGUUAUAGAUGAAGAGAAUAAUCCUCUGCCCUCAAGCCAGAACAGUCUGUACGUUCCACUGCACCUUUUCACUGUGAUCCAUGAUCAGUUGAGGUCUUUCUUCAAGUCCUUCUCUAAAAGUGCUGCUGAUGAUGAGAAAGGUAUAGACAUGUCAGUACACUCAGAGAGCGUUGAGGAUCGUGUCGUUCCCAUCCACAUCAGUAGGGAUGGCUCGGUUCAUGAGCUGGAAGUUGGCCGGAGUAUAUCAGACUCUGUUCUGGAGAGAAGGAACAGCGUGUUACUCUCCAUGCAGUUUCCUUCUGAGCUCAUUUACACAUUUGUACAGGAGGCUAGUAAGGCUUUAUUGCAGAACAUUCUAAACGCCAGGUCCAGUGAGGAAAGCGAAGGGUGCUCUACUCACACAGCUGAGGAUCAGCAGAAGAAAAAGAGGCCUAGAGUUCGCUUCAUUGUGAAAACUCAAAGGUGCAUCGUCGUUAAGCGUCCCAGGAAGCAGAAAAGGCAGCGCAGGGUUCCUCUGCCACAGGCUGACCAGCCAAGCAUCUCCACCUCCGCAAAUCUCCAUGAGACUUCAGAGAUUGAAUCAAAGACCUUACGGUCGGUCUUCAAGAGCGCUCGCAGGACGCUGGGCAGGUUCUUCUCCAACAUCUCCAAGACCUUCACCAGCUGCAUCAACCCUAAAACCACCCCAUAAUCUGGUGUUACAACAGAAAAAGAAAGAAACAAAAAUACCUCCAUCCACACCCAACAAUACACUAAAA